GUUCUCCUGGCAGCCAUCAUGAAGGGUACUGUCUCGAUUUGCUGUCUCCUCACCCUGCUGCUUUUGCAGGCCACAGCAGAGGUGGAAGAAUUUGAUUCUGUCCUAAGAGACAGAUCUCAUAUUGAUGAGACACUGCGGCUUGCAGCUGAGGAAAAAGCAGCAGACUAUGCCGCGGCUAUACAGAAGUUGCGGAAGAUCUACCAUUCGUCCAUCAAACCCAUGGAGCAGGCCUACAAGUACAAUGAGCUCAGGCAGCAUGAGAUUUCAGCAUACCCCGGACGAACCCUGGGCGACUCGGCCACAGAUGGAGAGAUUACCUCCAAGCCCAUGGUGCUGUUCCUUGGACCCUGGAGUGUAGGAAAGUCCUCAAUGAUCAAUUACCUCCUGGGCUUGCACGACAGCCCAUAUCAGCUUUACACAGGAGCUGAGCCCACUACCUCUGAGUUUACUGUUAUAAUGCACGGGGAGAAAAUCCGUUCUGUAGAGGGUAUCGUCAUGGCAGCAGAUAGCUCUCGCUCAUUCUCUCCACUUGAAAAGUUUGGCCAGAACUUCCUGGAAAAGCUCAUCGGCAUCGAGAUGCCUCACAAGCUGCUAGAACGUGUGACUUUUGUGGACACACCGGGAAUCAUAGAGAACCGAAAGCAGCAGGAAAGAGGUUAUCCUUUCAAUGAUGUCUGCCAGUGGUUCAUUGACCGUGCUGAUCUCAUAUUUGUUGUGUUUGACCCAACCAAACUGGAUGUUGGUCUUGAGCUCGAGAUGUUGUUCCGGCAGUUGAAAGGCCGGGAGUCACAGAUCCGCAUCAUCCUAAACAAGGCGGACAAUCUGGCCACGCAGGACUUAAUGAGAGUUUAUGGAGCACUCUUCUGGAGUUUGGCUCCACUUAUUAAUGUGACUGAGCCGCCUCGUGUCUACGUCAGCUCCUUCUGGCCAUAUGAUUAUGCUCCAGACACCAGUCGCGAACUCUUCAAGAGAGAGGAAAUCUCCCUCUUGGAAGAUCUUAACCAGGUGAUUGAGAACCGGAUGGAGAACAAGAUCGCCUUCAUCCGCCAACACGCCAUCCGUGUGCGCAUCCAUGCCCUGCUUGUGGACCGUUACGUCCAGACUUUCAAAGAGAAGAUGACUUUUUUCAGUGACCCAGAAUUGGUCUUCCAGGAGAUUGUAGAUGAGCCGGACAAGUUUUACAUUUUCAAAUCAAUUCUAGCCAAGACCAACGUCAGCAAGUUUGACCUACCCAACCGGGAUGCUUACCGUGACUUCUUUGGCAUUAAUCCAAUCGCCAACUUCAAGUCCCUGGCAUCUCAAUGUUCCUACAUUGGAGGCUGCCUUUUGGAUAAGAUUGAGAAGGCAAUCACCAACGAGCUGCCCGCUCUCCUGAGCAGCAUUAACUCUGGCAAGCAGCCCGGCCUGUCGUCCUGUGAGGUCACUGGUUGUGGUGAGAAGCCAAAGAAUCGCUACCGAAAGAAUUGAGGAACAUAAAAUAACUUGUCAGGAGGAAGAAUGGUGACAGAGGAGGGGAAGAGAAAGGGGGGUCUGGUGGGAGCCAGCCCUGCUUUUGUCUGGACAUUUGUAUUGUUGAGGAGAUACGGUGAGGAUUAAUGUUUGGGGGGUUUUGUCCUCAGGAGAAUAAGCUGAUAUGAUAGUAGGAGAAGGAAGCCAUCGUUCGAUACGGCAGCUUAAGGACACUAAUGCUGGAGAAAUGAGAACAUGUCUCUGAUAUCAAAGUAUAUUAAAACACACACCCUUCUCUCUCUUAUGGCACAAUAUUUCUGGACUGUCUCACACCAAUGGGUUGGGAGGAUACUAAUGCAAGAAAAUGGCUAUCAACAAGUGAGUUGACAUAAAAAUGAUAACCCCCGAUGAUACCAGUUCCCUUCUAUGUGAAUAAAACAAAAGGUGGAAACAGAUAUAUGUACAGUAAAAAUAUAUGAAUUGCACUGCAGCAGGUCAAUUCCAAACUCUUCAGAGGUUGUUUUUGAAGUAGCCUUUCUUGUGGGUGCUAUGCAAAAGCAUUUAUGUCUAUCUGAUCAAAUGAUUAUCUUUGCAUGUUAGACUUUCCAUUUUUAUCUACCGAUAUGUGUGCUUUUCUUCUGCCAUAAAGAAAAAAAAAACCCAUGCAGCAUCAAACCAACCACGCAUCAAACAAGGCCUUUUUUCUCUUAGCUUGGUAUGCUCAUCACUCUUGGUUUUUGAUGAAGUAAACAGAGGUCAGGGUUCAAGAGUCUUUGGAGCAGAGAGAGUAUGUUCAGUCUGCUACUCUUCUUAAAUAUAUUUUUUAUUUCUCAUUGUUUUGAAUCUUUAAACUGCCAGGUUUUGGUAGAAUUUUAAAAGUCAUUUAGGUGUAUUUUGCUUCUCAUUUUUGUUGCCGAUUCAUCACAAUAGAAGCUGAAGAAGAUGUGCUUGAGUUGCAGCUGUCUUUUUUACAUUUACUCUGCUGUUUCCUCUGCACAUUUAAAAGAUAUAUAUUUAUUGUUUUUCUGUACAUUUAUCCAUCCAUUGUCCUUCGCUGAUCCAAGACCAUUUUAUGUGGGUAACAGGUUGAAGAGGGGAACCUAAGUUACUUCUCUUAACAUUUUCUCGUUUGUUCCUGUGGGAUCUUAAGGUGAUCUCAGUCCAGAAAGGACAUACAGUGCUUCCAGUAAGUUUUUGAUCUUCCCCUAAGUCUCCUCCCAAAGAAAACAUCCAAGACCAAUGAGAUAUGCUCAAAGAAACAUCCAAAUAAUAUAGUCCAAACUCUACAUCUGACUACUUUCAAUUUAAAGGAGCAGUGACUUAGCUUCCACCACAUGACUGGAUCUACUUGGGACUCUCAACCAUUAUCUAUGACUCAUGAACAUAAGUAAGAGUUGAAAGUAAGAUGGAAAUCUAGACGUUUUUUUUUUCAGCUGACCCAUUUCUUCCACACCACAGACUGGAGCAGUGGACACAUUACUACAGACAAGGGUCCAGUCUGUCUUCCUAUCUCCCACUGUGUCUGACCUUCACUUAUGAAAGAGACACAGUGACACUUAAGUCACUCUACUCAAGACAAGGAUUGAGCUACAACCCAAAGCAAGCAAUCAACCCCUUUUCCAGGUCUGAGAUUUAAAGGAACUGACACUCUUCUUGGCCACCUCACACUUUGCUGCUGACCAGGCCAAUGCACACUGAAAAUCUAAGCAGAACCAUAUCAUGUGCAAUAAGCACAUGAUAUGGUUAUUUUUCUGAUAAACUCUAAAUGUAGAUUUUCUAAAAUGUUACAAUUUGUGGAUUGAAUUACUUGUAAAAUAGCACAAAGCAGGGAAAUGCAAAACUUAAGAUUCAUGAAUUUAGCCCUGACCUCUGUGGGAACAAGAUAGAUUCUGACAUUGCUAUCGCAAGAACAUUGCAAAAAAUAUCGUGUUCAAGUACAAAUAUAAUAUUAUAAAUAUAUAUAAUAGCAAAUAUAAUAACAUAUAAUAUUAUGUUACCAACAUACUUAAGAUAUGUGAAGAACAAGUAAGACAAGCCUGUCUUACUUUAGGAGAGAAAAUCCAUGUUUUAAAAAGCCUUCACAGUUUGUGAAAAGCAAAGUUCUGAGUCCUGCAAGAGCUCUACACAAAAGGGAGCUGAGUCAGGAGACACAGGAACUUCCAAUUUACCUCAUUAACAUCCUUUAUUGCUUUACACAUCCACACUUUGAGGCAUGAUGCAGAGAACAGCAAAAAUCAAGCUCGAAUAAACCUGUUUUCCCAACUCUGUUCACAGGUGAGUGCUCCGGAUGUUGUCUUUAUACUGCAGAGGCGGAACAUGGCCACCAGAGGGUGCUGUUUAAAAAAAGUAAAAGAAAGCCUUGUGAACUGCGAGAGGUUUAAGACAAAAGCUAGUUGUGCUUCUGAUCUAUUUCGGUGUCAGUUUUAAUCACCUUUUAGACGAUGAAUGGAUGUGUGUCCUGUCGAAUAUAGUUGACGUUUCACCUUUUCGUACAACACUGACAUUACCCCUGGCCCAAGUUGUGAAUGUUUGACAGAAAAGAAUAAAAAAUAUUUGAUUGA